AUGAUCACCGAGGAUGCACCACCGGGCCACCCCAUAUGGCAGAUCAAGAUUUGCAAGCACAUUGGCAACAACGGGCUCUACGUUCGGCUGAACCUCGCGGGGAAGAGCACCUCGUUCACUGUGACCUACCUGCGACAAGGAUCAAAGGUGGACUGGAACGAUGCGGAGCGCAUCCUGCGCCUCUGCGGCGCCGAGUUGUUGGAGGGUCGGCCGGUGGAAGAUGUCAAGAAAUUAAGGGUGCUUUUGUUGAACAGAUGCAUUGGCAAGGAGAAGGGGGACACCAUGAGCUUGCUCGAACAGUGGCGCAGCGCGGCACGACCGAAGGAUGAAGCGGUCACUACAGCUUCCAAGGAAGCCCUCCAGGAGGAGACCACACCCAAGAGAGCUGCCUCCAAAGAAAGCAUUGAGGCAGCCCCGAAGGAGCGACGAAACAAGCGCAAAGAAGCUAUGGAGCCAACUGCCCAGGAGCAGCGCACUCCAAAACGAUCCAAAGAAGUGGAGCAUGGCAUCAAGGAGCCAGCUCCGAAGAAGGCAAAGGAAGUCGAGGACCUUCACGCGGCCGUUCCCGCAGUGGCGGCGCCACGCCCGGUGGCUGCUCCAGAGGACUUGGACUUCGAGGCUUUGGGCAUCGAGGAUGCACCAGACACGAGCCUUGCAUGGAGCAAGGUCGUCUACUCCAAGACCAAGAAAGCCUGCACUUUUGGGUUCAGAAGUGAAGGGACGACGACCUACUUCCAGACGACCGUGGGCGCUACCUUCGGAAACCUCGAGGCGGCCAUGCGGAUCGCUCGUGCAUGUUACCAUGAGUUCGAGCUAGGGAAAUCAAAGCCAGAAGUUGAGCAGUAUCGCAGCGAGGCCUAUGCCAGGCUUGGAGUGAAGCCAAAGGUGGCUUCGAGCCGAAGCAAGGUGUCUGCAAAGGCGAAGGAGGAAGCGGAGGAAGCGACCUCCGCUCCACCCAAGCGACGCGCGCAGCCGCAGCAGCGUGACGAGCAGCGUGAUGAGCAGCGGCCGUCCAAGCAGCGGCCGCCCAAGCGAGGGAAGAGGGCGGAGCUGGAGAAGAACCAAAAGGAGCAGCUCACGGUCGCCGUCGAGCGGCUCACGGGCGCCGUGGAAAUCCUCGGGCGUGCACCGAAGAAGAAGAACUCGACCGUGAACGGACUCUACUUGCGACUUCCAGACUUUGGCGGCUCUGCAGCCUACGAGCGUUACCUUCCCGCAGGCUCCUCGGAGGCCAGGAGACUUCUCUACUACUCCCAGGAGAGAGCACGUUGGAAGAUCGCCGAGGCACUUUCCAGCAAACGGAACGCGCUGCUCGCAGCGCCGCAGGAUUUCUGCCUCGCCAUGGGUGGCUGCUGUGGCAGAACGUUGCCGCCUCAUCAGGCAAUCAUGUACGAGCAAGACAAGCCGCCGGUGGCUGAAGAUGGCCACUGUUCAGAUGCCGUCGUGUUCUUGGGCGAGUUUAAUCGAUCCUUCGAUCGACGCUUGUGGCUCUACACGAGGUCCUGGGAGCCGCAGGACAAGUCAAAAGUGUGGGCAACCAUGAUGAUCGUUCAUGGCACCGUGGACCACUCCGGCGUCUAUGCGGAGCUGGGCGCCGCCUUGGCCCAGCACGGCGUGGCCGUCUUCGCCUCGGACAUGCGUGGCUGGGGCCGCAGCGACGGGGAGAGGCUCUACGUGGAUAGCAUCGACUCCUUUGCGGGCGAUAUCCUGGCAGAUUAUCACCGCAUCCAUGGUCCCGGGGCCUCCUAUGCACACGUGAGGUCUCGCUUUUUGCUGGGCAAGAGCAUCGGAGGCCUUUUCACCGCCUGGACGGCCGCCAUGCCCUCGGCACGCCAGCUUUGGACUGGUCUCAUUGGCCUCUCCGGAGCUUUCCAAAUCGACUCCGCGGUGAAGCCAUCGCUGCUGCGACAGCUGCUGCUGCCGUUGUUGGGGCUCUUGGUGCCCAAGCGGCCCCUGAAGCCACCUUUCGAUCCCAAGCUGAUCGUCAGCGACGCCGCGGCUCUGAAGGCAUGGGAGGAAGAUCCUCUGGUCAGUCGAGGUAAGCUCACUCCUGGCUACAUCCUUGAGAUGUUGAGGUUGCAAGAUGAAUUGCCAACGCACUUGAAUGGCCUCACUUUGCCCGUCUUGAUGCUCUGGGGCACCGGGGACCAGGUCGUGACCGAGGCCGGCCAUGAGCUUCUCAUGGCCUCCACGCAGUCGGAGCAUUCGCAGUUCGUGCGUUAUCCGGAUGGCUUUCACAAUUUGUUGGCGGAACCCAAAUUGAAAGACAACGUGAUGAAGGACAUCGCCAGCUGGAUUCGCAAAGUGGCCAAGUAGACUUAACGCAUUCGGUGCUGGAGCUCCUCAGAGGAGUUGGGAUCGAGCAGUCGAGUGGAGCAGCGUGUGAGGCAAGUCCAGGAUGCCUGGCUAGGAGUUUCGGAGUGUUAUUUGUGGUGCUUCGCCUCAAGAAUGUUCAAUGCAGUCAAUUGAGACUUGUAUGACUUGGUGGCUUUGAGUCUGUUUUGAUGGAAGAUAUUUGGAACUAUUUAGGUCAGAUCCUGAUCAUCCUGAAGUAGAUUCCAGUAAUUUGGAGGCGAAGUUUGCACUACAAUAGCUUCCCUGCAGAGGGCUACAGCACGUGCUGCAUGUGCUGCGCAAGUGCUCGCCACACCCAUUGCAAGCCACUCUGUUGACCUGCUCAACCAGUUUGUGGAGCUGGGUGUCUUUUCACUGUACAGCAAAGUUGCUGGAGCAAGCGUAUGGUCCGUGCACACGUCUUGGAGCGACCAAAACCGGCCAGCGCCAACG